AUGGAGUUGUUACAGCAGGAAAACCGUCUAAUUCAGCUACGUGCCAAACUAAACGAACGUGGAAUAAAGCUGUGGGAAGCACCAUAUUUAACACCGGAUCGAAAUACCAAUACGGUGGAAAUGCUCAACCUUGCCAGACAGCUUGGACCGGAACUUGGCAUAACGACCGAACUUUGCCAGGAAGGACUAGCAGCACUUCAGCGAAAUGCGCUGGAGAAGCUGCAAGCGAAGGAUGAAUUUCAGAGGACGGGUGUUGCUACGGUCAGAAUCCGAGCACCGACACAGACCGGUUCGAACAGGGAGUUUGAUGUGAAGGUGAAGAUCACGGAACAGGGGAACCAUUUGUGUGAACUGGUUGGACAACGGCUUUCUUUGGAUGCACGCAAGAUAAAACUGGUUUCCUCGGGCAAGAUUAUUGGCGGCGUUCGUUCGCUGCAAGAGCAAAAGGUUACGAACGGUGCCACAAUCAUGGCACUGGUGUUGGCACACAGCGAGGAAGAAGCGAAACGAGAAUGUUCCACGUACGAUCGUGUCCACAAGUUUCGCACUGACGCAGAGAUGCUGAUCAACGAGAACGAUAGCUCGAAUUUCUUGAGCAUUGAGGACCAAUCGGGAAAUGCAAUUUUUCUUCCAAAGGAGGAAAAGAAAUCUCUCCUAAUGGGUCUCACCCUGUAUGAGAAGGGUAAAACCGCUAUGAAGGCAGGCAACUAUGAGGAAGCGUUGCUCUUGCUGCUGGAAGCGGACCACGACUUCCGUGCGUGCAAUUCCCAGCUGCUGAACGUCGUCGAUAACUACGCCUUGCUCAAUCUGGACAUUGUAUGGUGCUAUUUAUGUUUGAAGAAUUUAAACCAACUUCCAGACGCGGAAGAGAGGCUUAAGGUUUGCGAGCUUAAGUUCCAGCAAAGCUACGGUAAAAACAUGCAACGUGUGGCGGCCAUACGAGGCGAACAGUCGAACGAAAAAAUUCCGCUUGUGCGCCUCCAUCUCCUUAAGGCGGUUCUGUUCUUCCACCAAAACAAACGGGACGACGCCCGGACCAUGUUCCGUGUGGUGGAAACGGAACUGUUAAAGCUCCGAAUCGAUGACGAUUGUUUGAGCCGGCUGAUCGAGUGCGGUUACUCGAUGAAGGAAUGUCGUAUAGCGUUGCGCGCCUGCUCUAACGAUGUGGAAGCCUCCAUCGAGUUCAUCCACAAUCGUAGACAAAUUCGCGAAACGAACGAAAAGCGUUCGGCCCGUGAACGGAAGCUUUAUAAAACGAUCGACCACGACACUUCGGCGGGAGAUUUCCAGCGCAUUAAACUCGAGCUUGUCGAUCAGCUGAUGGAGAUGGGUUAUCCGGAGGAAAUGGCUGGGCUGGCGCUAAAGAAAAGCGCCAACGAUAUAAACGGUGCCCUGAACGAGCUCGAAACUAAUAGCGUGGAACUGCAAAAGGAGUUGCUUCGUACGGUCGUGGUAGAUCAGGAGCUCAACCAGCAGCUGGAAACGCUUGGGUUCGAUCCGGAAGUAGCGAAAAUAGCGCUCAAGCUAACGGCAAACGAUUACGAUCGUGCUACCAAUUAUCUUCUUGCAAACGUACAGAACGGUCGUUACAGUGAGGAACUGUCGCGUGCUAUUGCUGAGUGGAAUCAGAAGAAGGAUGCUUCCAAGCUAGCCGAAGAAGGAAACACACCGGGCUCGUCAACUGACACGUCGGAAAGAAACAACCCAUCGACAAGCAAAGGGACAGCCAAAAGCUCCACCGACCACCAAGCCGACGACGACAGUGCAAAAAAGGAAGAGAAAAAGCGCAAAAAGGAAAUGCUAGACAUACUGUUCAAGAGUUUCUCGCAGGACAUAGGGACGGUGGACGAAGAUUCGCAUUUGGAUUUGCACCUCGACGAGGAAGGGAAGUUGCUGGAGCAGUACAAGAAGCUGCUCGGCAUGGAUUGAUUGACCAACAGG